AUGACUCCAAAUAUGAAAUACUGGAGCGGUUUUAGCUUUUCCUUCCUUGUCCUCAAUCAUAAUGUGACCAUUGUAGGAAAGAAUUGGCUAAUCUACACUAUGCUGAUGAAACUGAUACUGAUAUCGCUUGGGGCAUACCCUCUCUACCAAGAUGAAUUGGCCGCUUUUGUCUGCAAUACCAACCAGCCAGGAUGCCCAAGCGUGUGCUACGAUACUUUCACAGCAGUCUCUCAAGUUCGUUUCUGGUUGUUGGAGUUCUUGUCUGUCCUGCUUCCUUUUGCAGUGUAUGUUACGUGCAUCUUGCACAGUGUGGGUAAGCAAGUUGUGGAGGCUUAUUCUCUCCCUUGCGCUUAUUGCAAACAGAUCAAAGCCUCCAUUGGCUUCAGAGAUACCGAUACAGCCUUCAGCGAGCCAACUAAAAGCAAAGUCACUUGCGGGGCCCAUGAAUUGGCAAUUCCUGAUUUUUCACGUGCCUAUGCAGUUCAACUGCUCAUGAGAAUAAUGAUAGAAAUUGGCUUUUCCAUUAGUAGCUACAAUUUGUUUGGCUUCUUUAUUGAGAAAUUGUAUAAUUGUAGUGAGGACAUUUGUCCAAGCGACAUCACCUGCUUUGUCCCCAGAACAACUGAAAAGUCUGCCAUGAUGAUCUUACUGUGGAUUGUCAGUAUUUUCUCCAUAUGUCUUGGCCUUCUUGACCUGAUUAUACUUAUAAAAGAGUGUAGAGAUAAGCUUAUAACCAGUAAGUCAAAGAUAUGCGGGACUCGCCUGAAUCAAAGAGCAGGAGGAAGCAGAGAUUUGUUCAAUUUUGAUGACAAUGAGGAUGGUACAAGUUUCCCCAUGAAAAGAUUUAGAAAGGAAAGGCACUGUGCAAAAGAGUUUGAAUUUUAA